UUUAGUGAUUUCUGUACCGGCGUAUUUGACCAGUGUGCGCGUGAGCAGGCGAGAAGCGGUUAUUGAGAGCAUUUUGUCCUCUUCGUACAACCCACCCAGCAUGGACACUUCACUGACUGCUGCUCAGAUCCGUGAGAAGUUCAUUAACUUCUUCCGUCGCUACGAGCAUGAGUAUGUACACUCGUCUUCAACCAUUCCCCUGGAUGACCCAACCCUUCUCUUCGCCAAUGCUGGCAUGAACCAGUUCAAACCAAUCUUCCUAAAUACCAUCGACCCAUCCCACCCCAUGGCCCGACUAAAGCGUGCUGCCAACACCCAGAAGUGCAUCCGUGCUGGUGGUAAACAUAAUGACCUGGAUGAUGUCGGCAAAGAUGUAUACCAUCAUACCUUCUUUGAAAUGUUGGGUUCCUGGUCGUUCGGAGAUUACUUUAAACAACUGGCUUGUAAGAUGGCUCUGGAGCUGCUGACACAGGAGUUUGGCAUUCCUCUCGAGCGCUUGUAUUUCACCUACUUUGGAGGACACCCUGAAGCAGGCCUUGAAGUUGACAAUGAGUGCAAGCAGAUCUGGCUUGACCUAGGGGUGGCAGAGGAGCGUAUCCUGCCAGGUAAUAUGAAAGACAAUUUCUGGGAAAUGGGAGACACUGGUCCCUGCGGUCCCUGCAGUGAGAUCCACUACGACCGAAUUGGAGGCAGAGACGCUUCACAUCUCGUCAACAUGGAUGACCCUAAUGUGCUGGAGAUCUGGAAUCUGGUGUUCAUCCAGUUCAACAGAGAGUCCGAGACGGAGCUGAAGCCUCUUCCUAAGAAGAGCAUUGAUACUGGAAUGGGGCUGGAGCGCCUGGUCUCAGUUCUGCAGAACAAGAUGUCAAACUAUGACACAGACCUCUUCGUUCCUUACUUUGAGGCUAUUCAAAAGGGAACAGGAGCCAGGCCUUACACUGGCAAGGUUGGAUCCGAAGACCAAGAUGGCAUUGACAUGGCCUAUCGUGUCUUGGCUGACCAUGCUCGUACCAUCACUAUUGCUCUGUCUGAUGGUGGUCGUCCUGACAACACUGGAAGGGGAUACGUGUUGAGAAGGAUCCUGCGACGUGCAGUAAGGUACGCUCAUGAGAAGCUUGGUGCUCAGAAGGGCUUCUUUGCCAGUCUGGUGGACGUUGUGGUGCAGUCACUGGGCCAUGCUUUCCCUGAGCUGAAGAAAGACCCAGACUCUGUGAAGGAUGUCAUUAAUGAAGAAGAAAUGCAGUUUCUAAAGACUCUCAGCAGGGGGCGACGUAUCCUGGACAGGAAGAUCCAAAACCUUGGAGACAGCAAGACCCUUCCAGGGGACACUGCCUGGUUGCUGUACGAUACCUAUGGCUUCCCUCUGGAUCUGACUGUCCUCAUUGCAGAGGAGAAAGGCAUGGGAGUGGACCUAGCUGCAUUUGAGGAGGAGAAGAAAGCUGCACAGCUGAAGUCACAAGGCAAAGGUGCUGGAGAUGAGGACCACAUCAUGCUGGACAUCUAUGCCAUUGAGGAGCUGAGGAACAAAGGAGUCCCUGCCACCGACGACACCCUGAAAUACCGCUACACCUCUGAUGACAACGGCAACUAUGAGUUCGAGCAGGCUGUGGGCACAGUGCUUGCUCUGAGGCGUGACCGUGCAUUCGUCGAUGAGGUGAGCACAGGGCAGGAGUGUGGUGUGGUGCUCGACCAGACGUCUUUCUAUGCUGAGCAGGGAGGUCAGACCUUCGAUGAGGGAUACAUGCUGCGUGAGAACGACUCCACAGAAGAUAGGAUGGAGUUCACGGUGAAGAACACUCAGGUCCGUGGUGGAUAUGUGCUGCAUGUUGGAACCGUGUAUGGUACGCUGAAGGUUGGAGACCGUCUAACUUUGCAUGUUGAUGAGGCUCGCCGGAGGCCCAUCAUGAGUAACCACACUUCCACCCACAUCCUGAACUUUGCCUUGAGGUCUGUACUUGGUGAAGCAGAUCAGCGCGGUUCCCUUGUGGCACCAGACCGUUUGCGCUUUGACUUCACUGCCAAGGGUGCAUUGAGCACAGACGAAGUGCACCGGACUGAGGACAUCGCUAGUGCAAUGAUAAAAGAUGCCAAGCCAGUGUAUGCCAAGGACGCCUCACUUGCAGCUGCCAAAGCUAUCCAGGGCCUGCGUGCUGUCUUUGACGAGACAUAUCCAGACCCUGUAAGAGUUGUGUCCAUUGGCAUCCCCGUGGAGGAUCUACUGGCUGACCCGAACAGCACUGCAGGCUCUCUCACCUCCAUUGAGUUUUGUGGUGGAACGCAUCUGCAGAACUCGAGUCACGCUGCCCCGUUUGUGAUUGUGUCUGAAGAGGCCAUUGCUAAGGGGAUCAGGCGAAUUGUGGCUGUGACUGGAGCAGAAGCUCAGAAGGCCCAGAGAAAAGCUGAUGCUCUGCGUCAGUCCCUGUCUGCCAUGGCUACAAAAGUGAAUGCUCAGACUGCUCCCAAUAAGGACAUCCAAAAGGAAAUAGCCGACCUAAAUGAGUCCUUAGGAACCGCAGUUAUCUCACAGUGGCAGAAAGACGAGAUGAGAGAGACUCUGAAGGGCUUGAAGAAGAUCAUGGAUGACCUGGACCGUAGCAGCAAAGCUGAUUUGCAGAAGAGGGUGCUGGAGAAGACGAAAGAGGUCAUCGACAGCCACCCCAACCAGCCUCUUCUCGUCAUGGAGAUGGAAAGUGGAGCUAGCGCAAAGGCAUUGAAUGAGUCCCUGAAGCUGCUGAAGACUCAGUCCCCUCAGACCGCUGCCAUGCUUUUUACUGUGGAUAAUGAAGCUGGCAAGAUUAUCUGUCUCUGCCAAGUGCCACAGGAGGUUGCAAACCAAGGCCUAAAAGCCAAUGAAUGGGUUCAGAAAGUGUGCCCUCUGCUGGAUGGAAAAGGAGGUGGGAAAGACAUGUCUGCUCAGGCCACUGGCAGAAACACGCAGUGCAUCCAGGAUGCCCUGAAGCUGGCCAACGAAUUUGCCCGACUUAAACUGGGACAAAACUAGAUUCCUCAGAGGGUUCGCGGGGAAGAUCUUAAAAACCUCAUCUAAUCUGACUAGAGUAAUGCAGUGUUGUCUGCUGAAAUUCAGAACCAUCACAGUUGACAUCUCAAAAGCUAUUCUGUCUGCGUGCAAGGAAAGUACUAAGGGUACUUUCAAGAUUACCACACUGACCAGUCAGCUCUUGUCUAGACGUUAAACGCACAAAAUGGGUGUUCCUAAACUCUCUGAUUGGCCGAUAAUGCAUUGAUUAAUGCAAGCUGGUAUUAGUUAAUGUCCUCUUGUGACCCUUGCACUAAAACCAAUACAAAUUUAAUAUAUGUCCAUUUGUGUGUAUUAUAAUAAUAAUCAUUGUCUGUCUCUGUACCAUUGGACAAUAAUCUCACUUUUUUCCACUACUGGGGAGUGGUUCAAAUGGUUCUAACCGGUAAUGCACCGUGACCUGUAUUUCAUAUGUUUGAUUCAUCUUUUCAUUUAUUCUAAAAUAGUGAUGCAUACAGAAUAAAUAAAAAAAUAGAGACUGA